GUCGAUAAACUGUGUAGUACAUGGGAUCAGUUGGCAAGCUAAUACGAACAGCAGCAGCCAAGUGUUAGUACUCGUAGGCAGGAGGAUCUGACCGCAUAGUCGACGGACCUGGUGACGAAUGAUUAGCGCAUGAGCAUUCCCGGACUGUGCUACAUUGCCAUCGCCGCUUGCGUUUUCGGGAUUGAAAGCGAUUGCGCAAAUCGAGUCCAAGCACGGCGGCGGCAAGACUACUACCAAUAGACUUGUUCAUUCUUGUCCUCGAAUUUCGUACUACCCUCUCCUCUCUCUUCACCACCCGGCCUCCUCACCUCCCUUCGCAUCAGACUCUGCUGCUCCUCUCUUGCGCGCACUCUUGUCAACGGAGCUGGAAACGUCGGCUGCUGGCCUGUUUCUCCGCCCUCUUUUUGAAGCUCACGUUUACCGCCUCCCUCCUCCUCCUCCUCCUCCUCCUCCUCCUCCUGCUGCUGCUCAUUCUCCCUUUCAUCUCCGGUCGCUACGGCAUAUUUAACCCACGGCGGCCGGCGCGCAUGGUGUGCAGGGGGCCCCUGCAGAGCCAUUCUGAUCGAUCUCCCUUCGGCGCCAUCGGUCUGCGGCUGCUGUUUCUAUUCGCUCAGCUCGUUCUCUGACUCAGAAGGCAUUGGAGCGGAAUCCCUGCGUCUGGGGACUCGGGACCUCCGGCUGUGAGUGCGGUUUUGGGCGGCUGUGGCUAUCGCUUUGUGUGCUGGCAACAGGGAGUAGAGUAGACGCAAAAGCUCCUGCUGCAUUGGUGAGGGCAGCAGUCGUUCGGGAUUGUGUGCGAGGUGGGAGAGGUGGGAGAGGUGGGAGAGGUGGGAGAGGGGGAGGUGGAAUAGGUCAGGCCGGUCGGUGGGUGCCGAGGGCGGGGAAAGGCAUCGGAGGUCUUCGACUGGUGUAUGUCUACUGAAGACAUGAGGCCACUUACGCUGCGUCUUGAGAAGGAGAGACAAAGGGGCAGCGGCGACGCCGCUUCCAGGUUGCCGGAUCUGACGACAGCUGAAAGGCUGCUAAUUAUGCAGCUCCACUCCAAACUGGGCGACAAGUGGGACAAGAUUGCCGCCUGCGUUCCAGGCUGCACGAUCCAGGACAUCCGCACUGUGAUCAAAACAGCCAAGUCCAGGAGCAGUUCCACCGUCACCCAACUGACGAGAACUGCUGGAACGAUACAGCUGAGUGGGGAGGUUAUCACGAAGCCCUCCUCGGGCUCAAACUUACCGCUGGCAGCCAUUGCCAUCUCCGCACAACGAUGGGCACGCUUCUCCACAACGGCUGCUGCUGAGAUGAGAGAUUGACCGAUGCGCACGAUCGCAGUACUAUAUGAAUAAUGAAUCAGAUUGCUGUGCUUCCUUCUUUACUUGCUUGGGUCACAAGGUGGUUCUGAAUCAGAAGCUAUCUGAUUGCCUGCUGGCCCAAGUGCAAGUUCUCCCUCCCAUUCACUGUCACUGCGCGCUAAGCCGCGCCAGGUCACAUCCGAUUGCACAUUAAUUUUGCCCCCAACUAGUAGUUCUCCCUCCCAUUCACUGUCACUUCGCGCUAAGCCGCUUCAGGUCACAUCGGAUUGCACAUUUGCCCCCAAGUAGUAGUAGUUCUGCCACUACCUGUCACCGCGCGCUAAGUUGCUUCAGGUCAUAUCCGAUUGCACAUUUGCCCCCAAGUAGUGCUUCUCACAUUCACUGUCACUGCGCGCUAAGCCGCUUCAGGUCACAUCGGAUUGCACAUUUGCCCCCAAGUACUAGUUCUGCCAUUGCCUGCCACCGACCGCUAAGUUGCUUCACAGGUCAUAUCCGAUUGCACAUUUGCCCCCAAGUUCCUGCUUCUCCCAUUACUUGUCACUGCGCUCACUCAUUUUCAUCAUACCCAGGCCUUGAGUUGUCGGGUGAGCAAUACAACACAACUUUCCUCUCUUGUGUCAUUCAUCGCUUAACCUUUUGGUAGAGCAACUCUUCCUAAGGCUUCUUCUCUCCCCACAUCAAUCAAUUAUCCAUUUACCUUCCUCCACCCAUCCUCGUCUUCACCGCUCUCCUCGUCUUCGUCAGCCCCUUUGGCAUCACUCUUCCUCCCCUUGCCCACUUCCUCCUACCUUUCGCACCACUCUUCCUCCUCCCUUUGGCACCACUCUUCCUCACCGAUUUCGCAACACUACAACAGUCUGCGCUUGACCACCUCGUCCCGAUCCCUUUGGCACCACACUCUUUCCUGACCGCUUCCUCACACAAAACAAAACUUAGGAAUCUCUCUUCUGGAUUUACUUCGUCGUUCUACCUUCUCCUUCAGUUCAACCUCUGUCUCCUUCGCCUGCUUUCUCAAAGCCGUGGCACUCUUCUCGGCCACAAUGUUAUGUUAUACGGCGGGCACUUCAGUCCCGCCUGUGAACAGGGUAAGGUCUAUUUUUCUUCUUCUUCUUUUUUUCUUAGGGAACAAAGAGAAUGAUGCCAUCAACCAUGAAGGCCGGGGAUAGUAGUAGUAGUAGUAGUAGUAGUAGUAGUAGUCGUAGUAGUAGUAGUAGUAGUAGUAGUAGUAGUAGUGGGGAUAGGUAGGGAAUGAAAGGUGAUGUAGUAGUAGUAGUAGUGGGGAUAGGUAGGGAAUGAAAGGUGAUUUUGAGAGAAGAACACUGUUGCUUACUACCGGUAGUAGUCUUGAAAAGAAGAAAAGAAACACAACGAGGCUGGGGGAAAUUCUUCAAAAACAAGGUGAAACAACCAACCCUAAGGACGGGACUCUUUUUGACCAUUUCGUCAUUUUCUAAGGGAAGUUCCCAAGCACUCUUCUCGAUCCCUUCUUCGCCAUCCUUCAGCCAGAGCUCUGCCUCCUACACCCCUACACUUCAUCGUUCCUCCGCCUGCUUCUGCGUUCCGAUGUAGAGUAGCAGCAGCAGCAGCACUCGUGGCGAGUCCAGACCAGUCCGAAUAGCAGAAUAGCAUGGAAGUGUCGCGAGUCCAGACCAGUCCGAAUAGCAGAAUAGCAUGGAACACUU